AUGGAUGUAGCUUGGGCAGAGGGCGAGGUAGACGCGCACCAGCAGGAGCAGGAGAUAUGUCCUCCGCCACAUGCCGCAGUGCAGCUAGCAGGACAUGCUGGACAGACAGACAAGCAGACAGACAGACAAGCAGACAGACAGACAAGCAGACAGACAGACAAGCAGACAGACAGACAAGCAGACAGACAGACAAGCAGACAGACAGACAAGCAGACAGACAGACAAGCAGACAGACAGACAAGCAGACAGGGGGACAAGGAGAAGAGACGAAAAAAUGGCCAGCAGAGGGAAGAUGGUGAAGAUGCAGGCUCUGAAAGGAGAAGAAGAAAGGAAGAUGGAAUACGAACAGCCAAUGACAAGGACAGCUCACAUCAGAUUGCACGGAGGAAGCUUUUCACGGAGAUCGAGGGCGAUGGCCAGCAGUUAAACAGGAUUCUCUUCCUCCGUCCAUAA